AUGCCAUCAUCUGUUUCUCUAGCCUUUCUGUUUCAUCGACGAAUUCCAGCUUAUGUAAUGAGAUGUAUGAAUUUGGUCUCUGCAUUGUGGACGAGUGUUGAAAGAAUGAGGAGACUAAUGUACAAACGGGACAAUGUUUGGCGGCUCAAUGUGAGUGAGAGUGAUGCGUUGACUAAAGAAAUGGGAAAUAUCUCUCAGUAUCGUAGUGCCACAUUUACUCUCUCUCUUCACAUCUGCCGUGUUCCUGUCCCCACAAUUUACCUUGACUAUUUUAAAAUAAAUCUAGUCUUCCCUUUAAAAUCAGUCCCCCAAUACUUUUGGAGUUGGAUAUCCAUUGAAUUAAAAAUAAUUUAUUUCCAUUUAAUUUUAAAUGAAAUACUUUCCAAAGAGGUAGACUGGGAUUUGGGUGCAAAGGAACCAAUAUUAAAAGCUCAAAAUAAUGAGUUUUAUUUAACAAUUUUCAGUUUUGUUAAACUUUUAAGAUUACAAAAUCGCAGCCGUAAAAGGGAGGUCGGAAUUGGUUUCAAACAAGCUGAGGAGUUGAUGAAUGAUUCUGUCCAUUUUAUUUGUUAUUGA